UAAUUAUAGCUAAGAAGUGGUAGCUGUUGAUGAGCCCCACCCCCCAGCCAAUGACAGGCACCCCUGGUGGAAUGUUGUCGCCUAGUGGGUCUAUAGCAUCACCCCGACAAUCACCAGGUCCGGUGACACCCCAGCCGAUGACGCCCCAACCUAGCAUGACACCGUCCCCCGGGGGAGGAGCACAUGGUCCCCACACUGCCCCUCAGUCACCUGCUCACUAUCCUCGGCACCCAGUCCCGCACCAGCACCCGGGAGGACCCCACCCAGGAGGACCCCACCCAGGGGGACCCCACCCAGGGGGACCCCACCCAGGGGGACCCCACCCAGGGGGACCUCACCCAGGGGGACCCCACCCGCCCCACGGAGCACCUGGACCACAUCAUGGACCACCUGGACCUCACGUGAGCCCCCACGGACCACCACCACCACACGGGCCACCACCAACUAGUGGGGGCCCACCCGGCGCUCCCCACCCCCCUGUGUACCCUACUAGAGUACAGUUCGCUCAGCACCAGUUUAACUUGCUCCGUGCGCAGAUCUACGCCUACAAGCUCCUGUCCCGGAACCAGCCCCUAACUGAUCACGUGUUGGCAGCGCUCCACGGCAAACGUGUCCUCAUGACUCCUGGCUCAGGUCCUGGGACUGGGCCGCGUAUGCCAGGACCCCCAGCACCGUACCCAGCCACGUCUACUGCUGCGAGGAGAUCUCCUGGACCCCCCGCUUCUACUGGCCCUCCUUCAGAGAAUAGUAAUCCGUCUACUACUGACGGCUCUCCUUCCAGUACCCCGAACCGGACGAUGGCGCCGAGCGGAGAGAAGACGGAGACCAGUACGCCACAACCACCCAGCACUCCCGUCUCUUCCUACCGCGCUCCAAUACCUAUACCGAAACAAACUAGACUCACAGCGCAGAAGCCACCUCUCGGACGUUGCGCGGGUAUUGAUCCGCAAGACAUACUUAAGGAGCGAGAAUACAGAAUAUCACAGCGAAUGGCACUGCGACUCAAAGAACUUGAAACGUACGAUGAUGUUGAAAACGAUAAUCUCAAACUCAGGGCCAAUAUCGAGGCAAAGGCUAUCCGUCUGAUUGAGUUCCAAAAGAAGGUCCGGAAAGAAGUUCUGAGCUGUAUGCAGCGCGACACUACACUUGAAACAGCUUUCAAUUCUAAACUUUAUAAGCGAGCGAAGAAACAAUCAUUGAGGGAGGCUAGAGUAACUGAGAAAUUAGAAAAACAACAAAAACUAGAGCAGGAAAGAAAGAAAAAACAACGACAUCAGGAAUUCUUAAACGCGGUACUGCAGCAUGUGAAGGAAUUCCGCGACCAUCACCGACAGACACAACAUAAGACUCUAAAGAUAGCCAAGGCUGUGAGAAUAUACCACGAGAAUGCUGAGCGGGAAGAGAAGAAAGAAAGAGAAAGAAUAGAGAAAGAGCGUCUCAAACGAUUGAUGAGCGAAGAUGAAGAGGGUUAUAGAAAGCUCAUCGACGAAAAGAAAGACAAGCGUUUGCUCCAGCUUCUUGCCCAAACCGACGAAUUUAUUAAAGACAUGACCAAUAUGGUGCGAAAGCAUCAAGAAGAUCUGAGAGACGCUAGAAUGAAGAAAAAGAAGAAGAGAGAACUCAUGCCACACAGACUUAGGUUGGAACGCAGAAAGAGAAUGAUACAGAAACGGAAAGAGAUGGAAGACAAUGGUGAGCUACCGGAAGGACCCGAACCACAAGUUACAGAUGAUAAGAAACUCAGCGUGGAUAUAGAGACAACAGCAGUAGACGAUAUCGACCUAACAGCUCACACGGGAGUUAGUGAUGACGAUUAUGAGGACGAUGAGGACGACGACGUUGUGCAAUGCGAGGUGGAGGAGCUUCCUGAGAUAAUCAGCACAGUUGAUGAUGAGUACAAGAGAACUGAAGGUUUCAUGAACUACUACGGUAUCGCGCAUUUGUACAAGGAGAAGGUUACUGAGCAACCCGCGAUUAUGCGAUACGGAAAACUAAAACCUUACCAGAUAACAGGUCUGGAAUGGCUGGUAUCUCUUCACAACAACAACUUGAACGGUAUCCUGGCUGACGAGAUGGGUCUUGGUAAAACUAUCCAGACUAUUGCUCUUUGUUGUCAUCUCCUGGAGAAGAAAAACCUGAGAGGUCCCUUCCUAAUAGUGGUCCCCCUUUCCACCCUGAGUAACUGGGUGAUGGAGUUUGAGAGAUGGUCUCCCUCUAUAAUAACUGUAGCGUACCGGGGCUCACCCCAGGCCAGGAAGUUAGAGGCCCCAAUUAUCAGGAGCGGAAAGUUCAAUGUACUGAUCACAACUUACGAGUACAUUAUGAAGGAUAAAGCCUUGCUCUCAAAGAUCAAAUGGAAGAUCCUGGUCAUUGACGAGGGACACAGAAUGAAGAAUCAUCACUGUAAACUAACUCAGAUAUUAAAUCAGUACUACAAUGCACCCUCCAGACUUUUGUUAACAGGAACACCUCUGCAGAACAAACUACCUGAAUUGUGGUCGCUCCUCAACUUCCUGUUGCCUCACAUCUUCAACAGUGUUACCACUUUCGAACAGUGGUUCAACGCUCCAUUCGCUAGCACUGGCGAGAAGGUGGAAUUGAACGAGGAAGAAAGCAUCCUUAUCAUCCGUCGUCUGCACAAAGUCUUACGACCCUUCCUGCUCCGCCGACUCAAACGAGAAGUAGAGAGUCAGCUGCCUGAGAAAACGGAGUUCAUAAUAAAAUGCGACAUGUCAGCCCUACAGAAACACAUGUACCGACACAUGCAAAAACGAGGUGUCCUGCUCACUGAUUGUGGUGCUUCAGGAGACAGCAAGUCUAAGACAGGCACCCGACUCCUGGUGAACACUAUCAUGCAGCUCAGGAAGAUUUGUAACCAUCCAUUCAUGUUCCCCACUAUGGAGGAAUAUAGCGAGAAUUUCGGGUUCCCUAACGGUGUUAUCAGCGGUGUCCAGCUCAUGAGAGCCUCUGGAAAGUUCGAGUUACUUGAUCGUAUUCUACCCAAGCUGAAGGCGUCCAGGCAUAAGGUCCUCAUUUUCUGCCAGAUGACAAAUCUGAUGAACAUUCUGGAAGAUUUCUUAAAGGACCGUCAUUUUUCCUUCCUCCGUCUUGACGGUAGUACUAAAUCUGAGAACCGUGAACUGUUGCUGAAACAGUUCUGCUCCGCAAACUCUGAACACGAUAUUUUCCUCCUGUCAACCCGUGCUGGAGGUCUGGGUCUGAACUUGCAGGUAGCAGAUACUGUUGUCAUCUACGACAGUGACUGGAAUCCUCACCAGGACAUGCAGGCUCAAGACAGAGCUCACAGGAUCGGCCAGAAGAACGAGGUUAGAGUCCUGAGGUUGAUGACAGUUAACAGUGUCGAGGAGAAGAUCUUAGCAGCCGCUCGGUUCAAGCUCAACAUGGACGAGAAAGUUAUCCAGGCUGGUAUGUUCAACCAAUCUUCCACCUCUCACGAGAGACGGUCCUUCCUGGAAAACAUCCUGAGUAACGACAAGGACGAUGAACUGGAGGAUGAUCUGCCAGACGAUGACCUGUUGAACAGAUACCUGAUGAGGAGUGAUGACGAAUACAAGCUCUUCACCACGAUGGACCAAGAACGUUACCAGCAGGAGGGUUCCAGUCGGACACACUCUCGUCUCAUGCAGGACCACGACCUUCCUGACUGGCUGAUCAGGAACGAUUGGGAGAUAGAGGCGUUACAGCAGGAGGAGGAUGAUGAUAAAGUGUACGGUAAAGGAAGCAGGGCAAGGAAGGAGGUUGAUUAUAGUGAGUGUCUGACAGACAAGCAGUGGGCUAAAGCUGUGGAGGAAGGAAGGUUAGAGGAAGUUGAGGAUCGACACAAGAGGAAGAGGAAGAGAAGAGACGAUGGUGCAAUGUACUACGACGACGAUGAUGAGGAAGAAGAGCCGGUGGUGAAGAAGAGGAGCAGGAAGAGUAAGGGAGGAGACGGAGAGAAGAAGAGAGGGAGACCCAGCGCAGCUGCUGAGAAGCUCACUCCCAACCCUCCUCUCCUUACUAAACAGAUGAAAUGGAUGUGGGAACAGGUCGUCAACUACGAAGAUCCCGACGAAAGGAAACUCAGUGAAAUGUUUAUGAAGUUACCCUCCAAACGUGAACUUCCCGAUUACUACCAGCUGAUAAAGAAACCCGUCGACCUGAAGAAGAUCAAGCAGGGUAUUGCUCAGCACAGAUACCGGAACAUGACGGACAUUGCAGAGGAUUUCUAUCUGAUGUUUGCAAAUGCUCGGGAAUACAAUGUGGAGGGUUCCCAGAUCUUCAACGACAGUGUUAACUUGUUGAGUGUAUUCACCAAGAUCCAGGACACUUUAACUAAAGGUGCAGACGGUCCUCAGCCUGACGAAGAGCUGCUGGGUGAAGCUCCUCCCCUGCAGAUGGAGUAGAUCAAGUAGCGCGUGAUCAUUACAAGCAGCACGUGAUCAUUCUGUUCUUUAAUCUAGAGACUAUUCUCGAUGUAUUUUUUAUUUUCAUGCUGACACUCAUGCGAGAUCAUGUUAAAUCACUAGUAAAUUAUGAUAACAUCAACUAUACAUUCGCAAUAACGCGUACGUUCAACUGCCUUAAGAGAGAAAACCGGAAAAGUCAAGCACGAAUAUGCUUUCAAUUCAUCCAGCAUUUAUCCUCAUUGAGUAUCAACAUCUAAUUUACUGAGUUAUGUCCAAGUAAAGGGAAAGAGAAAGCAUUAUACUAUAGUUGACUUUGUGAGUGUUUUCGCUUCCAUAGUGAAUGUUUAUUAUAUUGAUAUGCUAACACUGGAUCGGUUUAACGGCACUUUGUUUUAGUGGACAUGACAAAUCUGAUAGUAUUUUUCAGUUUUUACGUCAAACAUUGAAAUAAAAGCUGUCACCCAGUCACCUAUACUGUAGGUGCUAUAGGAAGUUCUCCCAUUAUGUGUGAAAUAAUGGAGUAUGUAUUAUUUUCCUUAAAUUCCUUUUAAUCUGAACUGUGA